AUUCUCUUUUUCAAAACCACUGCCACCAAUAUUAUGGACUCAAUGUUCGUCACUUUAAGUACUCCAGCGAUCACCAUACUGAAAGGCCUGAGGUGAUUCGUUUUGGUCUUUAAAGGAACAAGAUGAACAUUCUACCAAAGAAAAGCUGGCAUGUACGUAACAUUGAUAACAUUGAACGCGUGCGUCGUGAUGAAGAAAAUGCAAGAUUAGAAGAGGAAGAACGGGAAAGGAGACGUUCUUUAGCCGAACAAGAGGCCAGAACAGCCCUUCUACGGGGGCGUGCCAGUGGAAAGCAGCUUAAAGAUGGAGUAUCACAAGAUAAUACUGUUGUUUUUGUUAAAGACAAACCACAACAUCUCAAUUUUUUUGCUGACAUUGAAGAAGGACUCAGACAAGGAAGUAACAAGGAAUAUGAAGCUGAAAAGAAAGCUGAACAAGAGAAAAGAGAAAAAUCCAUUGGCUUGUUAACAUACCUUGGACAGAGUCAAAGAGAUUCAGAUGAUGGCAAACUGUGGUAUGUGAAAUCACACCAGGAAAGAAUGAAUUUGAGUGAAGCAAGUGAAAGCUCUGUAGAAAGUAAGAAAAAGAAGUUGCUAGAUCCUCUUAAAGACAUGGACAGAUACCUUGUGAUAAAGAAAUUACAUAGCAAAGAUGAGGACAGAAAACAUCAACAAAAGGACAAGAAACACAAGGAAAAACAGGCAAAGUCUAAGAAAAAACAGAUGAAAAAUUUGGAAGAAAUGAGAAAAGAAAGAUUACAACGCGAGCAAGAGGAACAUGAACGAGAAAGGAAGCUUUUGGCUUCUGCUAGAGGAGAUAGCGGUACAUCUAUUUCUGGAGGAAAAUUACAAGAUGAUUACACAGCUUAUAGGUAUAGUUCUCAAUAUCAUCCUGACCUGGCCAGAAAACCCAGAAAUCAUCUUCGUUAUGACCCAUAUUAAAAAAGUGUCAGGUUUGACAGUAAACCACACUGAGCCAAGGGUCACUGAAGUCAACAAGGGCAGUGAUUUUCCUCCCUAAGGAGAGCAGAUUAACCUGGGGAAAGAUUACCAGAAAGUUACUCAGCUCAAAAGGGCCAACUGGUGUUAGAGAGUCGAUAGAAGAAGGUUGACUGUCAUGAAUAAGUUGAUUGCAGUGUAGGCACAACAUGCCCAUAAGAACUACUCUUUAAUAACCAGCAUGUUUGUUCCUUGGAAUCAACCACAGAGAGAAAUGAUGCACUCAGAAUAAUGACAAUAAUAAUAAUAUAAAACAGUUGAAGUCAAAGGGAAGUGAGGUUACAGUAGCAGAGUAAGCAAAAAAUAGUAUUUCAUUGCAAAUGAAUUUUUUGAAAUAUUUUUUAUUGCUAUCACAUUUUAUUAAAAUCUGUUUUUUGUCAUGUUAUCUUGCUUAAAGAUGGGUAAUGAUAUACUCAUUAGCUUAGUGACUUCAAAAGGAGUAGUUUAUUGUUUAGUAAAUGACUGUAUUAUAGUGAAUAAAAGCAAGUGAAAGUAACAAA